AUGCAGGCGGAGCGGACGGAGGAGUCGGAGUCGCGGAGGCGGCGGAUGAUGGAGGAGAGGAGUUUUGGGAGGAAUGGAGAGAUGGAGUUACCGUGGGAUUCGGAGAGGAGAGAGAUCAGGCGAAGGCAUUGUUUGCGGACGGCGGACUUGUCGGCGGAGUCGGUGGCGGAGAUAGCGGAGAGGAAGGGUGAGAGAGUGUCCGGAGAGAGAGUCUUGACCAUCGACUCGAGUUCCACGGCGGCGGCGGAGUGGGUGUCGCGGUCGGAGAGCUUGUGGAGACAGGUGAGGACUCGGUGCUUGAGCUCUCGAGUUGAGGCCGCUUGGUUUUGUUUGGAGAGUGACAUUGUUGUUGAGAGGUUAAGAAUGAUGAUGGUGGUGGCGAAUGGUCAGUAUCAAGCAGAUUUUGGUGGUGGCGAAGUCGAUAUUUCCAGCAACAUUGCCGGAUUAGAGCGGCGGCGGAGGUGGUUUAGCUUUAGUUGUGGCAGUCUGACACACAUGAGGACUUUGUUCUCUCUCCAUCUCUCUGCUUUAUAA